UCCACAGCUCACAGCCAUGAGGUCCAUUUUAGUCGUGUUGGCCACCGCCGUCGCUGUGCAAGGAUUCGGCGUCAACCGAGGACUAGAUGCGAGCCUGGCUCAGGCUCAAGCGCAGGCGCAGGCGGUUGGGUUGGGACUCGGCGGUGGGCUGCUGGGAGGAGGAGCAGGGCUGAGUGCUGCACAGGCACAAGCACAGGCGCAGGCUGCCGGGCUGGGCGGCAGCUACCACGGCAUCUGGAAGCGACACGCCCUCUACGGCUUGGGCCUGUCUGACUCCCUGGCCCAGGCACAGGCCCAGGCACAGGCCAUCGAGUUGGGAGGUGGGCACUAUGGUGGAGGCGGCGCGGCUCUCAGCCAGGCACAGGCACAGGCGCAGGCUGCCGGGCUGGGCAGUGGUUACCACGGCAUCUGGAAGCGCCAUGCCCUCUACGGCUUGGGCCUGUCUGACUCCCUGGCCCAGGCACAGGCACAGGCACAGGCCAUCGAGCUGGGAGGUGGGCACUAUGGUGGAGGCGCCGCGGCUCUCAGCCAGGCACAGGCACAGGCGCAGGCUGCUGGGCUGGGCAGUGGUUACCAUGGCAUCUGGAAGCGCCAUGCCCUCUACGGCUUGGGCCUGUCUGACUCCCUGGCCCAGGCACAGGCCCAGGCACAGGCUGCCGCACUGGGUGGAGGCGGUGUAGCCCUCAGCCAGGCACAGGCACAGGCGCAGGCUGCCGGGCUGGGCGGUGGCAUCUGGAAACGACGAGCCAAUUACGGCUCGGAGCUGACCGACUCCCUCGCCCAAGCACAGUCGCAGGCACAGGCCGUUGGGCUGGGCAGUGACGGGGACGGUGCCGCCCUCAGCCAGGCGCAGUCACAAUCACAGGCCAUAGGACUAGGCAGUGAUGGGGACGCUGCUGCCCUGAGCCAGUCACAGUCGCAAGCACAGGCCGUCGGGCUGGGAAGUGGUGACGACGGAGAGGGUGGCGCUGCCCUCAGCCAGGCACAGGCGCAGGCCCAGGCUGCUGCUGUCGGGCUUGAAUUCUAGUGGCUUUCCUCACUGUUGCUUCACUGAACACUAAUGGAGGGCAAAGCAACAAAAUAAACAAAUACGUGCUGCUA